GGAAUCCAAAAAUCAGUCGCUUGUUCACAGGUCGUCGGGACGGGUUGAGCGUUCGUUAUUGUCGACCGACAAAAUUAACAAAAUGCCACGUUUAAUUGCUAUUUCAGCUUUAGGCCUACUUGCUGUCUUGUUGUUAGCUCACAGUGCCUAUUCGGUCGACGUCAACGAAUUUCUUGCCCAGCGAGAGCAAUUUCUAGCAGAGGAAUCGUCCCGUAUUUUAGGUGGCAGUAUAACGUUGAAUGCCGACGAGCAAUUGGUCAACAAUAUGUUGAUGACUGCCAAAACACUGGAAUACGACCAAUCUUUUUCUAAUCUCGAUUUUGCACCGGCCACCAAUUUCUUCCUUUCUAAACCGUCAAUGCUUCAAUCAGAAGUCUUCAAGUUCAUUCAACAAAUGCCUAAAGGCGGUGUUUUGCAUAUUCACGAUAUCGCCGUUACUCCGUUGGAAUUCCUCAUUAAUGACGCAAGCUACCGCCCGAAUCUUUACGUUUGCUCUCCACCCAAAGAUCCCGUUUUCUUUCAGUAUGCUUCAUCCGCUCCGGCUAAUCUAGUAGACUGUCAAUGGACUUUGGUGUCGGACAGACGAGCACAAGAAGGUCCGGAACAAUUUGAUGCUUGGCUCCGGUCAAAGUUAUCACUCUACACCCCAACCCCGCAAGAGACAUAUCCGAACAUAAAUUCUGUAUGGACUGCAUUCGAAAACACGCUUAUCGCCGCCAGUGGAAUAAUUACUUAUGCUCCAGUAUUUACGGACUAUUUUUAUCAGGGCCUUCAAUCUUUUUAUGACGACAACGUGCAGUAUAUAGAAAUCCGCACCACCUUACCCCUGGUUUAUGACUUAGACGGCACAUUCACGGACGAAGUGCAAGUGACGCAACUUUAUAAGGACACCUUUGAUCGCUUCAAAAAUGACAAUCCCGAUUUCAGCGGGGCUAAAAUAAUCUUUGCCCCGUUGCGUCGGGUUGACACUGCAACGAUGACGAAAUAUUUGGAGUUGGCGUCUCAGCUUAAGGCUCAAUUUCCAGAUGUAGUUGCUGGUUUUGAUUUAGUUGGUCAGGAAGAUUUAGGCCCUCCCCUUAAAGAUUUCUUGAGCCAAUUUCUCGCAGGCGCUGCUGACCCAAAUCUUCAUUACUUUUUCCAUGCGGGGGAAACCAAUUGGCAUGGCACGGAUGUGGACGAGAACCUUAUUGAUGCCAUUCUCCUGAACGCAACUCGUAUUGGACAUGGCUUCGCUGUCGCUAAACAUCCAAGCGUCAUGGACAUGGCCAGAUCUAAAGGAGUUCCGGUGGAAGUUUGCCCUAUCUCCAACCAGGUGCUUUCAUUGGUGGCCGAUUUGCGUAAUCACCCUGCCGCAAUGCUUUUUACCAGCGGAUUUCCGUUAGUUAUCAGCUCGGAUGAUCCGGCAUCGUGGGAAGCAGUUGCUCUAAGUUCGGAUUUUUACAUGGCUUUCAUGGGCCUGGCCGGAAGGAAGGCCGACCUUCGAACCUUGAAACAGUUAGCUAUCAACUCGAUUAUGUUCAGUGCCAUGAGUACCGACGAGAAAAAUUCAGCCAUGGCAGAAUGGUAUAAGCGUUGGAAUACUUUUAUCCUCAAUCAGUACAAUAAUUACAAGACCAAACACAACCUGAUUUGAACACCCCUACGAAAAUAAUUCAAGACAUAAAUUAAUCGACACAGCAAUCAUUAUCGAGAGGCUUUAUUGUAUUGAAAUGAAACACAUAAUUCGUAGCAGCUUUAAUAAACACAGUGCAAUAUUA